AAAGACCUGGCCGGGGUCUGGUUGUGCUUUCAGUCAGCGCAGACGUUCAGGUCGUGGGGAGGGGGCGCAGCGGGGCGCGGAGAGCGGCGGCGGGACAGGCGGAGGCAGCGCGGGGCUCGCCGUGGGCAACCCCAAUGCGUGGACUAUCGGCUGCUGCAUUAUGCUGGAGCUACAGUUCCGCUGAAGGGAGUUUGCACACGGCCGGCUGGGCUGGACUGCAGCGCUGCCGUUCCUUAUGAAGAAGGCACAAACCUGGAUUAUCACUUGCUUUUGUCUUCAACUACUCCUACUUAAUCCUCUUGUCAAAGCCCAGAGUUCCUGCGGGAAUCCAGUCACAGAUGAUGUGAAUGACAUUGCAAAAUUGGUUGGAAAUCUCCCAAAUGAUUAUUUGAUAACCCUUAAAUAUGUCCCAAAGAUGGAUAGUCUGCCUGAUCACUGUUGGUUGCAUUUGAUGGUGCCUGAAUUUUCAAGGAGUCUACAAAAUCUUCUCCAGAAAUUUUCAGAUAUUUCAGAUAUGUCAGAUGUUUUAAGCAACUAUUCAAUCAUCAAUAAUCUCACAAGGAUAAUUAAUGAUCUUAUGGCAUGCCUUGCUUUUGAUAAAAACAAGGAUUUUGUAAAAGAAAAUGGUCACCUUUAUGAAGAAGGUCGCUUCAUUCCUGAGGAUUUUUUUAGGCACUUUAAUAGUACCAUUGAGGUCUACAAGGAGUUUGCAGACACACUGGAUAAGAAUGACUGCAUUCUGCCUUCAACAGUAGAAACACCAGAGAAUGAUUCCAGAGUCGCUGUCACAAAAACAUUUUUGUUUCCUCCUGUUGCUGCCAGCUCCCUUAGGAAUGACAGCAUUGGCAGUAGCACUAGCAGUAACAAAGAAGCACUUGGCUUCAUUAGUAGCUCCAGCCUGCAAGGGAUCAGCAUAGCAUUGACAUCAUUGCUGUCUCUUCUUAUUGGCUUUAUUUUGGGAGCCAUAUACUGGAAGAAAACACAUCCCGAAUCCAGACCAGAAAGUGUUGAAACUACGCAGUGUCAUGACUGUCAAGAGGAAAAUGAGAUUAGUAUGUUGCAGCAAAAAGAAAAGAAACAUCUACAAGUGUAGCUGUUGCUUUUUUUCCCUCAACACUGUUACUGUUUCAUGUACUGCAGGUAACAGUUCCAUGUUCGCUUCAUAAAUGAAGCAGCUUUAAGCACAUUCGUAUUCCUUCUGGAGUGACAGACUGAGUCUGCAUCUGUUGUUGCUGCCCAUGACUUCGUAGACAUGAUAUAGAAAUGAGGACAAUUUGUGUUUGUUACUGUGAAACCAAGAGUGAAUUGAACAAUUACAAGAAGAGUGUGCACUUAGCAGGACUGUCUCUUAUAUGAAUAUCUACCUUGUGUGACAUUUGAGGAUUUCUAAUUGCAUUAAUACUUUCAUCUGACUCUGGCAAACAAAGUAUGUCCUGAACAAAAAGGAUUUUUCAAAUGCCUCCAACUAUGUAUAAUCAUUGCAAGUCAUUCCAUCCUUAAUUUAAAUUUUGUGUCCUCUACCUUACAUUGAUGUCUUCAGAUGGAGAUCUCUGAACUGACAGAAAAUGCAGAAAUGGAUACAGAUAACAUACUGUUCAAUAUUGUAUAUAAAACUUGAAAGUAAGUUCAUGCCAUGAACUAGAGUUCUAGACUUUUACUUAUAAGGAGCUGUGUUUAUGCCUGGCAAAGGCCGUGUGUACAGCAACAUGUGGUCUCUGUCGGGUGCCAGGUGGCUGGUUGCCCACCCUAGAAAGCCUCAAGAAUUUAUCAGUGUUGGUGGUCUCUGUUCAGGAGAAGCAAAUACUGGAUGAAGACAAAGUAAACAGGAGGUGAAUUUACCUCAUAGAGCUUCGAAGCAUUCAGAGUAACUGCUGGGGAUGUGAACACUGGUGAAAUUUCCAGCCAUGCUAAGGGAAAGUAAAGAGUCUGAAUUGCGUUCAAACAUCAGAAUAAAGACAAAUCUGUGAAAUGUGUUUUAAAUUCUGAUAAUGUACGCCAUUGAUACUUUGUCUUUAAAUGUCUAGCGUAGGAAAUCUGAAAGAUACUGAGAGUGUAUUUAGCUUUUACUUACAUCAGCUAUAAUUAAUGUUUGCAUUGUGUUUUAAGUGAUAAGUAAGCUUUAAUAUCCUGGCAUUCUCCACUCUUGAAGGUUAAUUCUUUUGAAACAAAAGAGAAAGGCUUUGUUUCCCACUUGUCUUCUGCAUCUGUUGCUGUUAUAGCAUCAAUGGAAUAUGUACAGGACUGAUGUACAGACAUGUAUUUUCAAGUAAAUCCUAAAAAUAUCAUGGUAAAAGUUACAAGUGUAGUUGUGCAUCUUUUCAUCUUGGCUCUUUCUGGAUAAUGAUUGUGAUUAUUUAUCGGUAUUAAGGGGGUUUACUCCCAAAAGGUAAAGGGUAAAAGCUCACUUCAGAUGACAAACUGUCAUCUGUCAUCAAAUUGACCAGGUCAGCAAGAGUAUUAGUUUAAGCCACUUCAGAACUUAAAAAAAAAAAAAAAAUCCCUUUUAAUAUUUUGCAUAAAGUUGGAGUUCUCUUUAAAAUGUAUAGUUACUAAAGUUUUUAAGAGUUCUGUGGAAUUUUUUUCUUCUGCUGAAUUUUCUGAGAACCACGCAUAAAAAGAAUAUGUCAUACAUAUAAUACAUACAUAUGUGUGCGUGUGUGUGUGUGCAUGUGUGAGUGUGUGUGUAUUAUUGGUAAAACUGUCUUACAUACUUAUUAA